GCCUGACCGAGUUAGAUGGAUAUCCUCAGUUGAACAAAAGCUGUGAAUAAGAGUGCGCAACCAGUCAACAUAGCAAUUGGAAUGUACCCACAUGCAACAACCACCCUUCAACCCUUGUGAUCAUCCACUUGAUAUCUAAUGCAUUUAAGCCAUCUCAAUAAUAUCAAAUUUCAAAUAAUCUCUUCUUCAUCUUCAUCAUCAUCAAUGGACUCUGUUUCAUGGGAGACCAGCGUCACAGAUUCAAUCAACACCAUCUAUCUCCUCUUCUCAGCCUACCUCGUCUUCGUAAUGCAGCUCGGGUUCGCCAUGCUAUGUGCCGGCUCAGUCCGAGCUAAAAACGCUAUGAACAUAAUGCUCACUAACGUAGUAGAUGCAGUCGUUGGAAGUAUUUCUUAUUACCUAUUUGGCUUCGCAUUUGCAUUUGGUACUUCAAACCCCUUCAUCGGCACCGAGUUUUUCGCUCUCAAAGAUGUCCCAAACAGUUCCUACGAUUACAGCUUCUUCCUCUACCAAUGGGCUUUUGCCAUAGCUGUUGCAGGCAUAACCAGCGGCUCAAUUGCAGAACGAACCCAAUUCAGCGCCUACCUCGUCUUCUCUUUCUUCCUAACCGGCUUCGUCUACCCGAUUGUUGCUCACUGGCUUUGGUCGUCCAACGGCUGGUUGAGUCCGAACUCCACGGCCCUAUUGUUCGGUUCGGGUGCGAUUGAUUUCGCUGGGAGUGGCGUCGUUCAUUUGGUAGGUGGGGUUGCCGGAUUCUGGGGUUCGCUAAUAGAAGGACCGAGAGUGGGUCGCUUCGAUGCUUUCGGAAAGCCGGUUCCAAUGCGAGGUCAUAACGCGACCCUUGUUGUUCUCGGAACGUUUCUCCUUUGGUUUGGAUGGUUCGGGUUCAACCCAGGUUCGUUUGACAAAGUUCUAGUGGCUUACCCAGAUGCAUCCGGGCAGGGGAACUGGACUGGUAUUGGCCGGACGGCUGUAGCCACCACCUUGGCCGGUUCCACGGCUGGGCUGGUGACCUUGUUCAGCCGUCGGCUGCUGGUUGGUCAUUGGGAUGCUUUGGACGUGUGUAAUGGGGUGCUUGGUGGGUUCGUGGCCAUCACCUCAGGUUGCUCGGUGGUGGAGCCUUGGGCGGCUAUUCUGUGUGGGUUUGUGGCUGCUUGGGUUCUGAUUGGUUUGAACAUUGUAGCGUUGAAGCUUAGAUUUGAUGAUCCGUUGGAGGCGACACAGUUACACGGCGGUUGUGGUGCUUGGGGUUUGAUAUUUACAGGUUUGUUUGCAAAGGAGAAGUUUGUGGUUCAGGCUUAUGAAUCCGGGGAGAUUGGGGUGAGUAGGCCUUAUGGGCUGUUGUUGGGAGGAGGGUGGGGUUUGUUUGGAGCUCAGGUGGUGGAACUGGUUGUGAUUGUGUUUUGGGUUAGUUUAACUAUGGGACCUCUUUUUUAUGCUCUUCAAAAGCUUAAGAUCUUGAGGAUUUCGGUUGAUGAUGAAGUUGCAGGUCUUGAUAUCUCUAGCCAUGGAGGUUAUGCAUAUUCUACUCAUCAUGAAGAUGCUCCUGGUUAUGCUGAUUAUGUCAGGUUGCAGAAUCAAUUCAUAUAAUAUACAACAAUUCUCCAUUUCAUUUCAUUCCAUUCAUCACUGUAAAUGUAAAUGUUUGUAUGUUGAAAACUGCAAUCCAAUUUAAUUGCAGCAUCGAAUUUAAUU